AUGAAUGGUUCAGGUGCCCUGUCUGCACUGUUCUUCAACAGCAGUCCAGCCAACUUAAGUGCACAGGAGUCCUGUGGCGUGCACACUCAACACGUCUCCAUUGCCGUGCUGCUCUGCUUAGUCUUUGUGGUGGGCUUCUUCCUCAACUGCUUCAGCCUGUGGGUGUUCUGCUGCAUGAUGCCCAGAUGGAAUUCUGGAACCCUUCUCCAGUUCCAUCUGGUACUGAGUGAUGUCAUCAUCACCGUCACCACACCUCUCAUGGUGGCCUACUUCGCCCUUGGCAACAACUGGCCGUUUGGGAGCUUCCUGUGCCGACUGAAGAUUGCUCUGCUGUUUGUCCACUUGUAUGGCAGUGUCAUGUUUCUCACUCUGAUCAGCGUUCACAGGUACAUGACUGUUGUCCACUUCAAGCGGAACCCCUGGAUGAAGCAGAAGAAAUUUGUGAAAGCUCUGUGUGCUGGGGUGUGGUUGAUGAUGCUGGCUAAAGGCACUGCUUGCUUUGUGGUCUUCGACACGAGCCAAGUGGACAACCACACGCUGUGUCUUAGUAUCCACCAGGGACAAUACGUACGCACCUAUUUCAUCGUCAACUUUUUUUUGCUCAUCCUCGGAUUCCUCUUGCCUUUUUCAGUGGCUGUAGGGUGCUAUAGUCAACUUGCAAGGUCGGUGUCCCGGAUCAACAGCAACACAAAAAAAGGUCGCUCAAUUAAAAACAAGUCCAACAAAAUGGUCGCUGUUUGUCUUGUUAUAUUUGUUGUCUGCUUCUUGCCUUUGAAUGUUAUAAGAACUGUGGGAGUUAUAGUCAAGAUGUUCUUCCCCAAAAACUGUGAUGUUCUACUGCAAGUGGAGACUGCAUACUAUGUGUCGUGGAUCAUUGCUGGAGCCAACAGCUGUUUUGAUCCUCUCAUCUAUUGUUUUGGCUCACAGAACUUUAGCAAAGCCAUUUACAGCUCACUCAGGAAAAUUGGAAUCAGAGUUCAAGUCGUUCAGCCUGCUGUUGAUCAAGAUGAUCAGACAAAAGAUGAUCAGAUGGAUCCUUCAACAGUAAAUAUAAACAAGGACAACAUAUCACUUUCCUGCCUGUGAGCAUUGGGGCACGAGAAUGGCUUAAGUUAGAGAUUGUCAAAAUCCAUCAUGUCCAAUCCUUCACAUCCCUGCAAGGGACAGUGGGAGUACUAAGCAGCUCUCUUAUAGCACUUAACUUGUACGAAGGAAUGCUAUCACAGCUCUUUCAUUCAGUCUGCCAUUAGGCUUUAUGAUACCACUGUUAUGAAGAACUGCACUGCUAUUAUGUAGGCUCUGUGUGAACUAUUUCUAUUCUUUUCAACAAUUUAUUGUUUUGAUUGUUAUC